UAGUUCUUAACAAUGGUGCGGCCAUAUGCAGUGAAGGGGAAGAAGAGAAAGAAGACAGUAGAGAAAUAUGACAAAGAAGAAGAAGAAGACGAUGCGCUAGAGUUAGAAGAUGAACAACAAGAACCGGAAGCACAAAAAGAAGAAGAAGAAGAAGAACAUGGUGACUCAGUUGAACUUGAGGGAAUCCCAUUAGCCCCAUCUACCCAAAAGCCAAAGGACCAGCCUGGGCUUAUCUUUAUUCUUGAGAAAGCUUCAUUGGAAGUUGCAAAAGUGGGAAAGACUUACCAGCUUCUGAGCUCUGACGAGCAUUCCCAUUUCUUAAUGAAGAAUAAAAAAAAUCCUGGAGAUUACAGACCUGAUAUUACUCAUCAGGCUCUACUAAUGAUUUUAGAUAGUCCACUUAAUAAAGCUGGGAGAUUGCGAGCAGUGUAUGUGAGAACAGAGAAAGGUGUUCUUAUUGAAGUUAAACCAUAUGUUCGGUUACCAAGAACUUUUAAAAGGUUCAGUGGUGUCAUGUUGCAACUCUUACAGAAACUUAGCAUAACUGCUGGUGGUAAGCGCGAAAAACUUUUAAGGGUGAUCAAGAAUCCUGUCACCCAAUAUUUGCCUGUCGAUUCUCGCAAAAUAGGCCUAUCAUACAGUUCAAAGAAAUUGGUGAGAAUGCAAGACUAUGUCACUACACUUAGCGAUGAUGCGAACCUUGUUUUCGUGGUUGGUGCGAUGGCUCACGGGAAGGUUGAACCAGACUAUGUUGAAGACCACGUAGCCGUUUCUGGGUUUCCUCUGAGUGCUGCAUAUUGUACUACAAUGAUUUGCCAGGCAUUGGAGAAAAAGUGGAAUAUACUGUAAUCUGUGUCCUUCCAAUCAUUUGAUUUAAUUUCAAGUAGUUUAUUUGUUCUUGAAAUAUGGUUCUUCUUCUUUUCGGUGUAGAAAGAUAAAUAGCCAUUUUUGUCCUUGUCCAAGAAACGUAGUAUUGAGUAUUUUAUUAUUAUUGGCAAUAUAGUUUGUUUGUAUAAAAGUAAAAAGAAAUGAAGCUUAUUUGCAAGACAUUAGAAGAUGGCAACUGUAAGACUUGUUUUAUAUGUCAUUCAAUUCCAAGUUUUGUUAGAGAUAAA